AUGGUAGAUAUUGCAAACAGCAAUGACUACCCUGCGCUUGUGAAACGUAUUAAAGACGGUAUGGAUUGCAACAUCGUUGGAAACAGUAUUACAGGUAUGAAGCAAGCCAAGAACGGCGGAUUACUCCUGGAAGAACGAAGGGAUGUUGCAUCUGUGGAGACCUUAAGGGCUGAGGUAGCCAAAUCAGCGGGACAAGAUGCCAGCGUUAGUAAAGAGGACAUCGCGGACUCCAUUGAAAGGGAGACUGUCGUCGAUAAAUCGAUUAUUUAUGUAGUCAGUCUGAGAGCUCCCUAUGGAGGCACUCAGACAGCAUUGGUGCUCCUGCCUAUUAGCCAGGCACGUGUUAUAGUCGACAAAGGCCAACCGAAGAUCAGUGUCGUGAGCUGCAGGGUACGGCAAGUGGUAAGGAGUGCGAGAUGCUUUAGAUGCCUGGCUUAUGGUUAUGACUCCAAGUCAUGUCAGGGUAUGGAUCGUAGUGCAAAUUGUAAGCGUUGCGGUAAAACAGGGCACAAGGCCAAGGACUGCGUAGCAGAAGCGGACGAAGCAACGGUGUUUAGGUCAGUGUUAGCAAAGGAGUCUCAAGAGGCACAUUCGCAACUGAAAUUUUAA